GUGGCUUCGACGGAAAUGAAUACUUCAAUACCGUCAGAUGUUUUGACCCUUUAGUCCACAAGUGGAGUGAACGUUCAUGCAUGUACUAUCCCAGAUGCUACGUGAGCGUGGUGGUACACGGAGGCAAUAUUUACGCCAUGGGUGGAUACAACGGCCGUACCAGAAUGAAUUCUGCAGAACGAUACAAUCCAGAGAAGAAUCAAUGGGAGAUCAUUACUCCAAUGCAAAAACAAAGAUCUGACGCAAGUGCUGCCGUUGCACUAGACAAAAUAUAUAUCGUAGGGGGUUUCAAUGGUCAAGAAGUCAUGAAUUCAGCAGAAGUUUACGAUCCGGUUACGAAACAAUGGUCGUACAUACCUCAGAUGAAUUCUGCUAGGUCUGGCGUCUCUCUGAUUGCUUACGGAAAUACAUUGUAUGCCAUUGGUGGCUUUAAUGGUUACACCAGACUGGCUAGUGGUGAGAAAUAUAAUCCUGAGUUAUCUGCUGCGUGGUCUGAUAUUUCCGAAAUGUUGACCCCGAGAAGUAACUUCGCCACAGUUAUUCUGGAUGAUUACAUUUUUGUCAUCGGUGGAUUUAACGAUAGAUUUGUCUCAGAACUUAUUGUAGGUUCCACUACUAUCAACUAUGUUGAGUACUACGACACUGAAUCGAACGAAUGGUACGAUGCUGCUUCAAUGAACGUCAGCAGAUCCGCCCUGAGUGCUUGUGUCGUCCACGGAUUACCAAAUGCCAAAGAGUAUACUUUCUUGAGGAGGAACACCAUAGAAAUUGGACCUGACGCUAGCAAUGGUGAUCGCUGAAAUUUUUAACGAAAAAUUGUGGUUUUCGACGUUUUAUUUAUACACCUUAUUUACACAUUGCUAUUGAUUGAACUAUUGAAAUUCGUCGAUUUUGACAAUAAAGUGAGUUUAUUAGUUGAAGGGACCGUGA